AUGGCAGACCCCGCUGCCUGGGACCAGCCUGGCGCACCCGCUGCCUGCGGCACAGCUGCCGCCAGUCGACAGCGGCUACCAGGGGAAGGACCAGGGUCAGGACAGGACUUCCUGCCUGCGGAGUGGUGGGGCCCCGCGGCGGAUGGCUACGAGGCGGAGCCCUCGCCGCAGCCCUGGGCGCAGCAGGCAGACGGCGCAAGCUGGCAGCCAGGGAACAUGAGCGUGCAGGAAGCGGCGGCGCAGGGUGCUGCCUGGGGCAGGGCCUAUGCCGCCUGGAGCCAGGCGCUGCAGCUUCAGCAGCAGCAGCAGCUGUGGCCGCAGGAGCGGCAGCGGCCGGCCGUGGCAGGUGCGCUGGCGCCGUCCACGCCUCAGUGGUCUGGUUGGGGGGCGUCUCCAACGUGGGCGCCCUGGGCCAGCGGCAGCUCCCCAGCUUCGGGCGCCUCUACCGCCCCAGCGGGGUUCUCCGAUCUGGACCGCCGGCAGGACACGGGACCCUCCCGAGCGGACGGCCGACGUCCCGAUCAGCCUGAGGCUCAGCGACGAGCUCCGGGAGCCCCGAUGGCGAUGGCGGCCCGCUCCCUCCCGUUGCAGCCGGGCCAGAGGCCGAGGUCACAUGCGAGAGGGACGAGGUGGCGCGCGGCAUUGCGUCGGCCGUGCAGGACUUCCUGA